AUGCAUUCAACCACAAAAGGAAAUCAUCAACAACUGGGAAUUAUUUUAUCUCAGUUACAAAACGAUGAACAACGUUAUCAACUCCUACAAACACUUCGUACAAGAUUAGCUGGAUAUAAUCUGUCCGUUGAAAGUAUUAAAUUGAUUUUAGAUCUAUUCGCAGAUGAACAAUAUCGAUUUCAAGUUGGGCAAUUAUUAACAACGGCAUUGAAUAAACUCAAAGCGGAUGAUUGUUUAUCGCUACUAAAAGGUUUCCAAGAUGAAAAACAAAAGUUUAUACUGUUUGAACAGUCUUACAAAAAAUUGAAUUCAGACACGUGUUAUGAUCAACUGAUCAAUAUUUUGAAUGAAUUUACACCAUCAACUAGACAGAAGGCAGAGAACUUACUGCGAAAUAAUUAUUCAGAAUUGUACACUCGUUUGAUUCAUGACAGCGAUGGUGAUACAUCGUUUUUUCAACACGAGCAUCAUACUAAACUUAAAUAUCAUGAUCCAAUGAUAAAACAACAAGAAGAAAAGAAAAAAACAAUAGCUGAUAGUAGAUCAUUGACGAUUAUUACUACCAUCAAAGAAAACGUGACAAAAAUGGCUGGAGUGGAACAAGCUUGCACAAAAGAGAGCGACAUCACCAAUGAAACACUCGCACAUAUUUUGGAUUCGAUAACCGGUACAAAACAAAAACAAAGUUCAACUGAACUGAGAUCACAACUACCGUACUGCGAAGAACAAUGUCAUCAUCGUCCACAUAGUAUUCUAAGUUCAACAGCCAUAUCUGUCUCGAGUGAUUUACAAUCGAGAGAAUCUGAGAAUAGUGCGUACAUCCUCAAACCCAUGAACUCAGCAAAUAAAUUUACUACUGAACCCACUGGGCUAUCAAAUAGUGAUACGGAUGAAACGAGACAACAGCAACAUUUACACAAACAAAUCAACGCACCGUUUGGUCUAUUUUUCAUUCUGCGUUAUUUCAUGUCUCAUCUUUCUAAGGUAUGCAAUGAGGCAGUUUUACUUGCCAGUACAGAAUCGAUUGAAACCACGGAUAUGAUUAUAAAUGGCCAAGUUAGUGAGAUAUUUUACAAAAAAUUUGAAUCGGAACGAACGGAUGACAAAACUUUCGACAAAAGUCCCGUUGCCCUUCGGUUAAAUGAGACAAUGAUGAUGACCUGUAGUGCUGAUACUACCGAAACUAGAGACGAUUUAGCAACAUAUGAAAGUAUUUGGAUUAAGCAUGGUAACGAGGGCAAUCAAAAAUGGCUCUACAACGACAGUGAUGAACAACUAUCAUCGUUCGUUAAUUAUCAACCACUGACUCAAAUUCAAUUUCAAUCAAAAAAUACAUCGGCACAAAUUUAUGUCUACGAAGAAGAUGAUAGUGGCGAAGAGCAGAGUGAUGGUGAUCAACGUUUGUCCUUGAAACGAAAAUUGUCAAGUACAAGCCUGUCCCCACAACCAAUCCAUCCACCAAAUACAAAUGACUUGUCGAUCAGUUCAUCGUCAUCAUCGAUGUCAUCGCAUAACUCGGUCUUAUAUUCAGAAACAAAUGAUCCUGUAUUUGAAUCAUUUGUUAUUAAUGAUAAUAAAACCGUUUUAAACAUUAUUGAUACUCCCGGUUUAUUUGAACGUGGCUCAGAUGAAAUUGACGUUAAAGAUAAUGCAACAAUAUUAAAAACAAUUGAAUUAUGUAUUGUUAGGGAAAUAACAAAAUUUCAUUUAGUUUGUUUUUAUAUAUCAAAACAUUCUUGUCUAAUUGUAACAAGAAGUGAAUUAAAAAAUGAUAACCAAAGAGAAAAGUUACGUAAUGAAGUAAACAAUGAUCAACAUUUUAAAGAAUUAGUAAAAUAUUUUAAACAAGGUAUUUAUUUUUCUGGUGCAUUAAAUCGUGAUGAUUAUAAUAAUGCAUCGAAACAAAAUUUAUUAGUACAAUUUCAAACAAUAUGCAAAUAUAGCGAUGAAUUAAUUGCAUUAUUUGGUAAUGAAAAUACUGAACCAUAUCCAAUGCGAGAAUGUGCUUUUGAUGAUGUUAAGCAAGUAUUUGCUGAAUGA